GAAUGUACCACAAGGACCACCAGCACAGACACGCAGAGCAUAUCCACCGCUCCGAGUGUAGUUUUUUGUCUUUGAGAAUGACUGCUGAUAGUGCUGUCUGUUGUGCCAUUAACUUUUUUCCCUUUUGAGUUUUGAGUCCAGACGUUAAAGUAGAGCUUUUUUUCCGACUAGAAGCGGCGAAGUAGUACGAAAAGCAAAAUAAAUUUUGGUCAACAUCAUAGCUGAGUAGCGGUUCAUCUGCCUCUGGGUCAGUUACAGCUUGUUCUGUACACUAGCAUUUUUUCCUCCAUUACCGCUUUCAUAAAUAUCGCAAAGAGUAUAAAAAAAUCCCCCAAAGAACAAAGAUGGUCUUCCCGAUUUUCCCCAUUGUCGUUUACGACAAAUUGUUUGCCACGGGUGUGACAAUGAUUGUCGUGAACAGUUUCUACAUCUACAGAAACAUCCACUUCGACCCCACCGGGUAUUUCCCCGUCGUUACCCGGUUCGUCGGCUCCUUCAUCACCGCUGUUUUCCUCCUCGGGUUCUACCUCCGGUUUUACUAUAUCAGCCCGGACGACAUUGGGAAACGGGACCAGCAGACCGGGAACUUACUUCGGGACCAGAUGUCGACCACGAAAGAGUCGUACGAGCGGAGGAAAAAGCAGGUGGAAGUAGUGGCGAAGGAAAUUUGUCGAGACAAAAGCGGGAAAUUCCGGAUGUUCAAACAGACCGCAAGCAACACGUUCCGCCACGACCAGAUCGACACGCGGGCAAGCAAGGAGGGAAAGUUGGAUUUGUCUAGCUUCUGCCACGUGAUUGACGAAACUUUGGAUCCAGUUGUAUCGGAAGACAGCAGGAACAGCGGCGAAGAAGACCCCAACUCCUUUUAUUCUCCCUACCACGCUACAAUUGAGGUGGAAGCCAGCACGACGUUCGAAACUUUUGUGUCUGUCCUACUAGAAAAAGGCUACAUGCCGCUAGUCGUCCCCGAACUCCGAUCCAUCACGGUCGGCGGGGCGAUUGUCGGAAUUGGGGUGGAAUCCAGUUCCUUCAAGCACGGCUUCUUCCACGAGGGACUAUGAACUGCAAAAGUAUCGUACUCGUAUAAAUGCAUUACAAAUUUUCUCAGCAUGAGAAAUAAAAUUUGUAAUGCCGAUUUGCCUUAAGAAAAAGAUUUGUAAUGCAAGACUUGCAUUUAUACGAAUGCGAUACUUUUGCACAGCAUAGGGGCUCGUCGCAGCUGAUAUUCUGUUGCCUUUCGACAACGAGGAGGAGGAGGAGAACGAGGAGAAGAAAACUGGAGCUGGUGGUAGUCGUGGUAGUGGUUUAUCAGGAGCUCGGGUAGUAACCGUUACGAAGGACAACGAAUACAGGGACCUUUUCGCCGCCCUGCCGAAUUCCCUCGGGUCCUUCGGUUACAUUCUCAAACUGAAGAUGCGCGUGCAGAAAGUCAAGCCGUAUGUUCGUUUGACGAAAACCUGGGUUUCUGGCGCGGACAAUCUGGUAAAAGCCCUGGAAAUCGCCUCGACCGGGAAAAGUUUGGAGAAGAGCGACUUCGUCGACUGCGUCGCGUUAUCCACGACGGGUGGGGUCAUCAUCGAAGCGCGGUUUGUCGAUCGUCCGGAGCAGUGCGGAAGUUUAGCCUUAUCGGACUACUCCUGGAGAAGCGGAAAGUCGUUCUACAAGUCCCUGUUCCCGAAAACGGAUCCGAAAACUGGCAACCCGCCGAGCAUCGUAACGACUGAUUUGCUUACGGUGGAAGACUACAUUUGGCGGUGGGACGCGGAUUGGUUUUGGUGCACACAAAUUUUCCCGGGGCUGCAAUUUCAAUUCAUUCGGUAUAGAGGUUAGUAGUCUUGUCUUGAUGUUGUAUGGCUCUUUUGCGCCUUUUCGGCUGGCAAACUAACUCUCGACUCAGACUAAACGCUGCAUCAUGACAAGUUUUGUGCAGAAAAAAUCGUAAAAAUCGUCCAAAAUUAUCAGGUACCUCUGCGGCCCGCGCCUCCUUCGAUCUGAUAUGUACAAAGUUUUCAACGACAAGUUCACCCGUCUCCUCGCGAAAAUCUUCCCGAAAGCGCAGGAUAUCCCACGAAAAAACUGCUUCACUGUGAUGAUUUUGCAAGAUCUGCAUUACAAGUUUUUUACACAUGACACUGCAAAUUUGACAUGCGCGCUUCCCAAGGGAAAACGCGCCUGAAUAUCCCAUGCCUUGGAGGUGUAGCAAGACAAAUAGUUCUGUGCUCCAUUUUCUGCAUCACAAGUGCACAGCGCAGCAGUUUUUUCUUGCGAUGCAGGAGAACCAGGAGCUGGUGAUCCAAGACAUUGAGGUUCCGGUGGAAAAUUCUGCUCACUGGUAUCCACAGUAAAUUCGCCGUACACGUACACAUGCGGUCUCUGCAUGACAAAACUUGAUUUCGAUCCUAGUCUAGCAUGACAAGUUUUACGCUCCAAAUUGGUGAAAUUUGUGAUGCAUGUUGUAAAUGUACCGGAAAUUUGUAUUGCAUAACUGGCUCCGUGAGCACUGCCGGAUCGUCCGGUCGGAUUUGUUCGGAAAAAUCAAACUGAUAUGGAUUGCAAAAAUGUCUGGGUCUGGAAGGAUGUAACUUGUGAUGCUGCAUUUGCAUGCUACGAAAAUCUGUAUUGCAUGAACAGCAAAAGAGGUCCAGUUUUUGCCAUGGCGAGAGGGCAUUUCUCAUGCGGUAUAGGCAUCAGGAAGCCCUCGCAAAAUCGGUGAUGCUAGGGCAUGCAUCACAGACGUCAGUAAUCAUGCAAAACGUGCAUGACAAACCUUGCAUCCUGCCAGACCCAGGCAUUUUUGCAUUUGAUAACUGAACUCGGAUUACAACGUUGCGGAAACCACGACUACGGAUUUGCCAUGCAAACUGGAAAUAAUCGGAGGCACUACAGCAACUUCUUCUACACCGAAUGUUAUUGAAUCAGGGCAGACACUGCUGGCUGCGGAUGUUGAAGAUGAUGAAAACAAGCCGGCAACAAGUGGUGCCAACAUGAUGCGCGAGAGGAAAAUUAUGAAGGAGUCGACUUCUACUACGACUUGUUCUACGACUCCUCUCAAAAACCCGCCACGCCCGCUGUUCCCCUUCCACCAGCAGCAGCAAAUCAAGAGAACAACCCGGCCCGACACGGUGCCGAUCUGGCUAUGUCCGGUGCGAGGGACCAGUGCGCCCUUGAUGCCGAUGGAUGAGAAUAAGCUGUACAUCAACUUUGGGUUCUGGGACGCGCUGGAAGAUACGACCACGAGACCCAAGGAGAGAUGUACGACCCUGGGCGGGAACCAAGCGGGGAACGUGAACAGAGGGCUGGAGGCGAUCUGCGACGAAAACGCGGCGAUCAAAACGCUGUAUUCCACGUGCUACUACACGGAAGAAGAGUUUUACCAGAAGUACAACGGGGAGCAUUACAAGAAGAUCAAGGAAAAAUACGACGGGAAUGGGCGGCUGCGGAGCUGGUUUGCGAGGGUGCGGGGGAGUUGAAGGAGGAGUUUGUGUCAGAUUUGACAGUCCUCGCGCGAAAGUGGUUUUGAUUUUGAUGAAGACAGCACUUGAAUUAGAGCCUUUGGCUGAGUCCUCGUCGGUCCUCGCAGGUUGUGCACUUCGAGGGAGGCCGAAAAUGACUAUGGCUCACAAAAACUUCUAUACUUUUCUCGUCAAUUUUCGAAGAGAAGGAAUGAAACGAAGAGCACGAUGAAUACAAU